AUGGAGCCUACAGACCAACAUAUGCAUGAAAUAGACAACAGAAAUACUCUUUCUAUUGGAGCUGAGCAAUCCCAGCACCAAUCUCCUACUCCUACACCUCCUACUAUGGCUCCACAGCCAUUCAAUCCUAACUAUAUACACUCCGGAUUUAUGUAUGGCCAUGGGCAGCAAAGACUACAGACUCCAAAUCAAGUUUUCCCUCACCAAUCCCAGCCUACAACCCAGUUAUUUUAUCCAGGCCAAUUCUACUCUCACAAUACUCCAGUAAUGCCAAACUAUGCAUCUACUCCAACAAACCAACCCUCGGUGAGAAUGCAAGAAACUCCUACACAAAACUUUCUUGUAGACAGUCAGGGGCACCGAAUCUCACCAAGAAGAGCUGGGGGACGAGUUUUGGAUAAGAUAUUGGAUGCAGAGUUGAGUAGUGAUGAGCCAGAGGUUAUUCCAGCACCAGACUUUAAAGGCAAAGGAAAGGCAAAGCAAGCAAAAAAGGACAAAGGAAGCAGGAAAGAGACAGGAAAGCAAAAGAAGAAGGGUCAAGGAUCCAAGUCCGGUGUCAAUGCUCGACAAGUAGGCAAAUCUGACGAUGAAAUCGAAGAUAUGGAUGAAAACCUCAAGACUGCUGCUGAUAUCAAGACGACUGCCGAAAGGGCUGUAUGGACAGACGAUGACAAGAAGAAGGUGGUAUCAUACUGUAUAGACUCUACCCGGUGGCCAGAUUUCAAGGUAAAACAAGGUCAAUACUUUCAGCAGAUUUCCCAACGGAUUCUUCCAAGCAAGUCUCCUGAACAAGUCAGGUCUUGCUGGAAUCGUACUUUUGCCCUGUAUGCUGCAGUUGUAGCUCGGCAGGAGCAUACAGGAGGAGGCGAUGGUGAUGAAUUUAAGCUGGACCAGUUAGACCUCUCUCAGGUCCAGAUAGAAGACGAAGGAGAAUCUAAAAGGAAGAAGAGAGGAAGGAGCAAGUCUGCUCCUCAAUUUUCUGAGGCACAGUUAGAUGCCUUUGAGCAAUCUGAACUUUUUCAGAUGCUUGACGAAGUGGCUCGGGACCAUCCUAACAUCAGAAAGAUGUUUGAUGUCAGUUCUGAAAAGCCUGUGGAGACUGAAGAUGAAGAGGAAGAUACAAAUAUUAAGACCCGGAAGAAGAAGAUCAAGAUCGAGGACUCCUUGACCGGCAUAGAAGAAAUCCUCGGUGAGGCUGUACGAAAUUUCGCUUCAACAAAGCAGGAGACGAGCCGGAGAGAGGAGGAACGAAUGUUGAUGGAGCGUGAACGUAAUUUGAGAGAAGCAGCUGCAUCCAAGCUUCAGCAUGAAGAGCGGAAGCACCGGUUGUUGGCAGAAAAAUGGCAGGCCUAUCAUGCAGCUUUGGAGCAUCCAGACCCGUUCACCAGAAAGCGAGCAGAGAAGUUGAAGAAGGAAAUUGCUGAACUUGAAGGAUUUGAGCUGGAAGAUGAAUAG